CAAAACAGGAACACUGGAGAACACAUCGUUGUACAUGAAGUAUUCCUGGGGGUGAACUCUGGCUACUCUGACCCAACGGAUUACUCUGGCUGUUUCAUCCAUUGACGGCAAGCAGACAACAAGUGACCAUGGAUUUUCUCAAUCACAACUAUUUGAAUGCGCGCAACCCCUAUGAUUAUACCUUCAAUUUCUGGAACGACUAUCUCGGACUCACGACAUUGGUUACGAAGAAUAACAAGCUCAACAUGCCCCAGAAUCCGAACUCCAUCACCGAGUCCCUGAAAGCGACUCUGGGUUUGGACGAUUCCCCGGCGUGUCCGUGCGUAAUCGCGGGCGGCACCGGAGAGAGCGGACAGCUGGACUGCUGCUGCCCGUCCGUGAGCCCCCCGCCGCCCUCCAUCCUGGAGCUGAAGGAGCGCUUCUCCAUCCUGAGCCCGUUCCAUAACCAGCUGCCGGAGCGGGAGGUGGGCUUCGGGGCAAGUUUCGCUGGGUUCGACCUCUUUGGCGUGGAGAGGAAGAUGCGCAAACCCGCAUCCAGGGGCAAACAGGAGCCCAAAAUCUGCGUGUUCUGCCGAAAUAACGGAGCGCCGGAGGAGGUGUUCGGCUCCCACGUCCUGAAAACUCAUGACGGCAGGGUUGUGUGUCCGAUUCUGAGGGCUUACACCUGCCCGCUCUGCAGCGCCAACGGGGACAAUGCCCACACGAUAAAAUACUGUCCACUGUCAAAGGACCAGCCAUCCCAGCGCCCAUUAAAGGGGGGGAGGGCUGUGGGCGGUAAGAGGAUGAAAAUAUUCUAAGCAGACGAAUCUAUAAAGUAAAUUGAAUUGCACUGAACAAUUUCCAGAUGACUGUUUUGAUUUCGGGUUUAGCCUUUAUUACUGUUUCAUACGCAUACUGACUCUUUUCUUUGUUCCAUCUAUCAGAUUGCUUCUAUUUUUAUAGUUCUUUUAUCCACAUAGAAUCAUUUCUGCGUUAUACGUUGGAUUUACUUUUUGCUCUAGUUUUUAGUCAUUUUGAGUGUGUGCAUACAAAAACACAUAUGUAUCAGUAAUCUAAUAUUCUUGAAAGUAUUUUUUUGGUCACAUAAGAACAUACACUGACAUUUUGGUAAAGGUGAUGAAUGUCAUAACCAGUUUCUACCAAGUAUUUUUGUACGGCGAGCUAAAAGCCCGCUGCAAUCUUCUUUCACGUCUUAGAGAAACCAAAGUUAUGUUUGCCAUUAAAGAAGCUGAAGAAUGUGUUGGUAAUGUUUAUGUGUGGGUCUGACUGAAGGAGGAGGUCUUUGAACCCCUCUGCCUGCCUGAAAGGGAAGAAGGAGAGAGAGAGAAAAAAACACCACAUGUUUUCCAACUUGCUCUAAAAGUUGUUGCUCUUUCUGGGAGGAAGGAACUAAAAACAGACAAUGUGGCUUCUGUUUUAGCUCCAGUUCACUGGGGAACCAACAACUCUGUGUGAUGAGAGACCUAUUUCAGCUCAUACCUGAUCAGAUAUGAAAUUAUUCUACAUUUUUUUUGUGUUUACAUUCCCAAAUGAGAGUGACACACUGGAUUUGAAUUUCUCUGUAAGGUCUAUGUUGUUAUUUUAUUGUUUUAUUUUUAUCUUUUUGGAUUUUCUUUUCUCCCCCUGAUAAUUUGUUCAGCUGAGAGUCUCGUGGCCAGAUCUGCUCUGUCAUAUAAAGCAGUGAGCCCUUAACACCUGAAAAAAAAAUCAUAGCAAAUGAAUGUCAGUAAAGAAUAUUCCAAUUUUUCCUUUUCUGAAGAAUCCCAAAAAAAAAAAGAUGCAAAAAUGUCCUGAAUGUACGAUUAAAAGUGUCACUUGUGGGACUGCACAGUUCUGAAAGUUUUGUUUACCAAAGGUUAACAACUGCAUUAAAGAGAAAAAUACAACAAAUUUGCUGUACAGUCAAUAAAAAAAUGAUGUUUAUUCAGUAUUUUAACAUGACAAGUGACUUCAGAGGGUGCUACCUCAACGGGAUUUUGUACUUAUAUGUAAAAAAAACUCAAUAGCAGUUUAUUGAUAUAGUGCUGCCAUUUAUAAUAAGGGUUUUUGAUAGUAUUUUUGAUCUUUGUAUAACAUAAUUGUAUUUUCAUUUUGCUGCAUUUAACACAAUGGAAGUGAGUUUCCAAAAAGCUAUAAUGAGCAUUGCUUCACCAAAAGGUGAUAGUUUGUAAAUAAUGAAUAUGCCCAUACUUUUGAAAGAUUAGCUGUCCAACGAUACAUUAAGAGUGUGUAAAAAGAGUGAAAAACAAUGCUGACAAUUGCCACUUUUAACAGAGGUUUUUGAAUAAAUGAGUAAGAGAAAAAGAAACACUGUUGAACCUUGUUAUUUAUAUUUGACCAUAUUUUACUGUAUGCUGCUGUGCAGAAUAACAUGAAUUCACUAGAGAAAUAAAAACAUAUCAAAUAUUUGAGCUAUA